GGCUUGGGCGAAAGCUACGACCAAGCGCUGCCGGCAGUCGCCGCUCGGGCCUUGGAGUUCCUGGGCGGGCAGCGCCGGUCGGCCCUGCUUAGCCCUUCCCCAAGGACACCUGUAGAAGAAUACAUGUUCACUUUUAGUGAACAAGAGCAUGUUCCCAAACUCCUCAAUUUUGGGUCGCCCUCCCUUCACUCCAAACCAUCAACAACAUAAUAACUUCUUUACCUUGUCACCAGCUCUUUAUUCACACCAGCAGCUUAUAGAUGCGCACUUCAACUUUCAGAAUGCAGAGUUGUCUGGAGCUGUGUCAUUACAGCAGUUGACAUAUGGAAAUAUCAGUUCCAUACAGACCUCAACUUCUCCAUUAUUCCGAGGAAGGAAGAGAUUAAGUGAUGAAAAACACCUUCCUUUUGACGGUAAACGGCAACGUUUCCAUUCACCCCACCAAGAGCCAACUAUAGUUAACCAGAUAGUGCCUUUAUCAGGUGAAAGAAGAUACUCAGUGCCACCAUUGUUUCAUGCACACUUUGUGCCAGAUAUAGUCAGAUGUAUUCCACCUUUUCAAGAAAUAUCAUUUUUAGAACCUAGAGAAAUCACACUGCCAGAAGCCAAAGAUAAGUUGAGUCAGCAGAUACUGGAAUUAUUUGAAGCAUGUCAGCAGCAAGUAAGUGAUUUAAAGAAGAAAGAACUUUGUCGGACAGUGCUGCAGAGAGAAAUUCAGCUGUUAUUUCCACAAAGCAGACUAUUUUUGGUUGGGUCCUCUUUGAAUGGAUUUGGUACCCGAAGCAGUGAUGGUGAUUUAUGCUUAGUCGUUAAAGAGGAACCAUGUUUUUUUCAGGUAAAUCAGAAGACUGAAGCACGGCAUAUACUCACCUUAGUCCAUAAACACUUCUGUACUAGACUUUCUGGCUACAUUGAGAGACCUCAGCUGAUUCGAGCAAAAGUGCCAAUUGUUAAGUUCAGGGAUAAAGUCAAUUGUGUGGAGUUCGACUUGAAUGUAAAUAAUGUUGUUGGAAUAAGAAACACAUUCCUUCUCAGAACUUACGCAUACCUUGAAAAUCGAGUUCGUCCAUUAGUACUGGUGAUUAAGAAGUGGGCGAGUCACCAUGAGAUAAAUGAUGCCAGUCGUGGUACUUUAAGCAGCUAUAGUCUUGUUUUGAUGGUUUUACACUAUUUACAAACCCUACCUGAACCCAUCCUUCCAUCCCUCCAAAAAAUUUACCCAGAAUCUUUUAGUCCUGCUAUACAUCUGCACCUUGUACAUCAAGCUCCAUGUAACAUUCCUCCUUACCUCUCAAAGAAUGAAUCAAAUCUUGGAGACCUUUUACUGGGCUUUCUUAAAUAUUAUGCUACAGAAUUUGACUGGGACAGUCAGAUGAUUUCAGUUCAUGAAGCCAAAGCCAUUCCGAGGCCUGAUGGUAUUGAAUGGAGAAAUAAAUACAUCUGUAUAGAAGAACCUUUUGAUGGAAAGAAUACAGCCAGAGCUGUGCAUGAAAAGCAGAAGUUUGACAUGAUCAAGGAUCAAUUUUUGAAGUCAUGGCAAAGAUUGAAAAACAAGAGAGAUUUGAACAGUAUACUACCUUUAAGAGCUGCUAUCCUGAAAAGAUAACUGGCCUCUGUUUCUUAAAUUCUUCUGAGAAGUAAAGAACAAUAGUAACACAAUACAUUUUGUUUACCUCUAUCAUGGCUUCUUUUAAAUUGUUCUUGUUUUCAUGUUUUAUUUUUAAAAGGACAUACUUACAUAAAGAUUAUAUAUUUUAUUAUGACAUUUCUUAAUAAACUUUGAUUUAAAAAUGUAUUUUUGAAAAUGUUUACAUUUAUGAUUGGUAAUGUUAUGACAUGAGUUAUUCGGAGAUCAGAUAAAAUGUUUUGGAGGUAAUUACCUGAACAAAUAAAAGGUUUUUGAUGUAACUUCAGUUAGUUGUACCACAUGCUAACACUUAAGAGAUUAGUGGAAUUU